AUGGAUGGUUGCAAGGCCUUCCUGGUCGUCUGGCUCCGCCUCCUCCCUCCGCCUUCUUUUGUUACUUUACGUUUCCCACGUGUGUUCACUCUGUACAAGCAAGGGAAAUCGCAAGUGCUUUUCUUCUAUGAAACCGAUUUUGAGAAAGUUUCUGGAAGUCGAACAAAGAAUUUGAAAAAAAAAAGUCGUACGGUUAUACAGAGUUGCGUCUGUAGAGAGCUCCUUUUUGCGAGAAAUUCAAUUGACAGUGAAACUUGGAACUUUCAUAAAAUUUUAUCAAAAAAAAUUUGAAGGCCUAAACAAAGUUUCCUCAUACUCGCCACCUGUGCUGCACAGUGUAAAUAAUUCUACUUAUAAGAGCAUUUUUCAAACCUCAUUGUUAACAAAUGAUCACGUUAGCAAUUAAUGAUUGAAUUAAAAUAUAAAACAUGAAAUAGACAUUAAAUGAAGUUUUAGAUUUCCAAAGUUCACAUUUCCAAAAAGAAUGGGGAAAACCUCUGUUUAAAGCAUUAACAUUCAAGACCUCAAAAUAACCCCGAUUUUUCGCUAAGGAUUAGUAUGAAAUGGAUGGUUUCUCUAGUUCUCUCUAGUUUCCUUUCUCUCUAGUUUCCCUUUUCUGUGCCCGUGAAUGAAGAAAAUAUUGAAUUGAGAUAAAAUAGGUGAGGAAAAAACCUUGAAACAAAGGACUGGCACCUUUUUACUGGACAACCGUUGGACAUGCUUUUUUGAGGGGAUCGCCGCACUCUGUGUGUACUCGAAACGUCCACUUGGCGCCAUUGUUGGCCGACGGACGUUUGUUGGCCACGGAGGUCGCGUUGAUGCCAAGACGACCGCGAAAACGCCCUUGUAA